UAGUAGAUCUUGUUUCUCUACAGGCUGCAAAAUUCGUUAUCAUUUAAACGAAUAGUAACUAUGAUCCUACAAGAUUUUCUUUUUUCUAUCUAGCAGUUUUCCUUCCAAAACCAUGUUCGGAUACAGCCGAUUUUUGCUACCUGGAAAUCAGAACUAUUGCUAAACUGUCGGCAUAAUCUGUGUUUUACAGAAUACGAGUAUUUCCUAAGUUCGUUUUUCCGUAAUGUGUACAAUUUUCACCGACAUCAAACUAGGAACCUCGAAUGCUAUGUAUGUGUGUUAAUUUUUGUUCCCAAUGAAUAUCACACGUCUGUUCUCGCCAUUUUAACAAUGUGUGGGAAAUGAAUUGAUUCGCGUAGGUCAUGCUAAUGGAAAAUUACUGUGAAUCAUUCUGCAAUUUUUCAUCUGCAUCUCAUGAAGCAACUCAUAUUCCAAUAUCAAUACGUGUAAUUUCGAGAACGGGUGCUUAUAAAGCAUUGAUACGAUUUAGUUUCACACUGCGCACAGAUGUGACUCCAAAAACAUGCGAAAACUUCCGCGCUCUCUGUACCGGAGAAAAGGGUUUCGGCUACAAGGGUUCUACAUUCCACCGUGUGAUUCCUAACUUCAUGUGUCAGGGAGGGGAUUUCCAGAAUCACAACGGAACCGGAGGCAAAUCCAUCUACGGAAACAAGUUCGAGGAUGAAAACUUCAUCCUGAAACACACCGGACCCGGCAUUCUCUCGAUGGCUAACGCUGGACCUAACACUAACGGAUCUCAGUUUUUCAUCACCACUGUUAAGACCUCUUGGCUGGAUGAUCGCCAUGUAGUCUUCGGUAGCGUUGUUGAGGGUAUGGAUGUUAUCCGGAAGGUUGAGUCUUACGGCAACCAGUCGGGCAAGACUGUGAAGCAGAUUGUAGUUGCUAACUGUGGCCAGCUGUAAAUUUAAUGUCCCAUUCAUAAACAAAAUGUUCUUGAUUGAAUUCGAUUCGCUAUACAAAGUUUCCAAACAUUCGUCGAAAUUUGCUCAACAGUGUACGCAACUUCGAGUCAAUUGAGGCUACAAUGCUGUCGCCGUACAACAUAAAGCAUUUUUCGUUUCCAAGAACUGCUGAUUCAACAUAAACAAUCACGAAACAAAUAAUCUACUAAGUAGAGUAAAAUUCUCCAAAAUAAACAACAUUUUGCGGAUCUUUUUUUUUUUUUACUAAUGUUGGUAUAGUUAAAUUUCCUCUUGGAUGUGGCGACAGAAUGCAUCGCUUUUGAAAGAAUUUGGUAUUUCCAUGCCAGGCUCGGCAAAAGUCUAGACUGCUGUUUGAUCAAAUCUUAUACUUUCAUUCAAGUGUGGAUCUAUUAAACUAAAUGGUAACAAUUUAGCAAUAAAAAAGUCAAAUCAAUAA